GCGAUAACAAAGGUGACCCCGCGACAACAAACCGUAAACAUUUCAACGAGAUGGCUAGCGCAAAACAGCAGGAGAAUCUGCUUCUUACAGAGCACUUCACAUGGCCGCCUAUCUCCCUCAUCGACGACAUAAUCAACGCCGUAAACGAAGUCCUCUACCGCUGCACCGAUACCUUUGAACAGGGCUUGUCUUCAGCAGAUCCCGCCUUACUCGGAUUCGCUGACCGCUAUGCUGCUGAGAAUCGUACACCGGAGAAGGACGAUGAUGGGUCAAACUCAUUCCCCGAGGCAAAAUUGGAGAUUGAGGAAGGUGUACUCAAGCUGGAGACGCUGAUGGAGAAUGCGGUGGACAAAAACUUCGACAAAUUGGAGAUUUGGACACUCAGGAAUGUACUGUGCUUGCCAAGGGGAGAGGAGGAAUUGGGGAGAUGGGUCAGGUUGGGCCACUAUGAAAACCUCCAGAUCCCACCCAAAGACUCCCAACUCACACCAGAAGCCCUCUAUGCGCUCCGCCGGAAACUCGUCGAAACGCAGAAACUCAACACCGCCCUCGUCGCAGAGAAGAAGCGCAAUGAGGCGCAGAUAGCGAGACUGCGAUCGUUGUUACAACCUACUGUGGCUCCAAAGCUUGAGACGUCUCCCAAUGGGCAUUCGGAACAAACCCCCGCCUCCUUCGCCUUCUUGACACAUACACCUGCCGCGCAGUCUCUGGGCAUACAACCCCUCCCCCAGACCUCAAAUACUACUUCCACAACUACGCAACCCCUCACAACACACACGACAUUCACAACCUCGCAACUACCCUAUCUUCGCCAGCUUCUCGAAGGUUUGCAGCCACACCUCGCGACGACCAGUCUACCGAGUACUGGGAAGCAGGGCGAGACAGAAGAGCUAGCACGCGAAAGGCGGGUGUAUGUCGAGAGUCAGAGUAAGAGAAUAUUGGAGAAGAGGGGCGUGGAUACAAGGGACGGGGUGGAGGGAAUCUUCGAGGGGACAAGGGUGAGGAGUGACGAGGUUAGAGGGCUGGAGAGCGUGGUUGGAGCGAUGGCGUGGGGAAGGAAGGUUGACGGUGUGAAGAAAGAGGACGAUGAAGUAAAGAUAGAGAAUGGGGAUGGGGACGGGAGUGAGGAUGCAGAAGGGGAAGCUAUGGAUACGAGCUGAUCUGAAAGAGUAAACAGGGUUGGAGUUAGCUUUUUGCUGUUACUUGAACGGAGUUUCUGGAACAAAGGUUUGGGAUGAUACCAUGCGUGGUGGGGAUUAGCGUAUUGAAGUAUGCGCGAGACUUGGAUUGAAUAGAUUCGUGUCAUAGCGGAGAAGGAGAACUUGCCCAUCGGACAAC